AUGUCAAAUUUAUUCAGCAAGUGGACCUUGAGAUUUAAUGAUCCUCUUCUUGAAGUUAAAUUUUAAGAAAAACAUAACAUUAAAAGACAAUAUUUCUUUAGAUCUUUACUUUCAAUCGGUAUUUUCACAUGUUUUAUUGCUAUGAUAAUUUUCAUAGUCUAAAGAGCAUAGUGGCAUAUCAUAAUCUUUAUGGUUAGUCUUACAAUUAUCCACAUAAUUUUUCUAUUUUUCAGCAUCAAAUUAUAACCUUAUCUAAAGGGUAUUUUUACAUUAUUAUACUUUUCAUAUGUAGCUGCUGGCACUUUAAUUACCUAUGCAUAAAAUAAUGUGUAAAUUAUAUUUUAAAUUAGGCCCUUUUAUAAUUAUGGAUAUUGUUGCUCUCUCUUAUAUAUGACAGUCUUAUAAUAUUGUGAAAAUAAGUUUAAACCAUUACUCAUUAUCUUUACAUCAAGCAUAACUUUAGGACUAUUUGUAAAAUUCUAAUUUGAUUAAUUGGCUUAUAUAGUAUUUUGUAUAUUAAUGACGAUUUUAUAAGGAAUUAUUACAUAUUUGUAUGAAUAUACUGCAAGAUUAGAAUUUCAAUUAUAAUAUCAACUCAAAUCAUAAAAGUAUAGACUUAUUUAUAUAUUUUUAGAUCAAUUAUUUAUAAAUUUGUUUAAAAUCCAUUAUUUGCAAUAAGUUUUAAUAAAAAAAUUAAUAGUUUUUAACUUGAAUUCGUAAACAAAAGUUUCGAGUAAUUAUAUAAAUAAACUUAAAAUGGGAAUUAAUAUAAAGAAUUUUUGAGAACUUAUUCAAUCAUAAAUAAAAAUUUUGAAAACUCAAUUAGUUAUUGCUUUAAUAGAUCAUUUUAGAAACAAACACAUUUAGAAGAUUACUUAUAUGAUUUAAUAAACAAUGAUAAAUUUAUAGAAGAGGAGAAUAUGAAAAGCAUAUAAGUUACAAGUGACUAGGAUAAAAUCAUUAUUGAUAUAAUGAGAACUUAGCAUUAAAAAGAUUUUAUAAUUCUAAUCAUCCAUCAAAAUUAAAUCAACUUCUAGAUAGAAAAAUACGAACAUAAAAUUAAAUAUUUUAAUGAAAAUCUUAAAUCGGUUCUUAUGCUUAUUGGUAAUUAAUUAGAAGAACAAUAUAAAUAUUUAAAACAGCUGAAUAAUAAUUUGGAUUUUUAAGGAGAUAUUUUGAAAAAAUCCUUUUGCAAUAUUUAGUUUACAUUAAACUACAUAAAAAAUCAUAUAAUAUAUCUCUAAAGAGGAAAAAUGCAUUAUUUGAAACAAUAAAUUGAACAAUUUAAAAUUGAAAAUUUGAAUGAAUCUUUGUCUAGAUAUUUUGCUCAUUAUUGUUAAACUCAAAGAAAAUAAUUUGAAUUAAUUUGUUCAUAUGAGGUUGAAUAAAAGUUAAUUAAUUUAAAUGCUAGAUUAUUAACCUAAUUGCUAAUUAAUUGUUUUAAUAAGAUUUUAAAAUUAUCUUAACCUAGGAGUACUAUUUAAUUUUAGAUUGAUUUAAAAAGGAUACGAAAACAAACAUUAAUUGAAAACAAUUAAAACAAGAAUUAAGGCUUAUAAUUAAUAUAAUUUUCGUACACUUUUGAGCACAAACAUCGAUUUGAAAAUAUAGAAACAGAAUUUUAUUUAUCAAAUAAUUCCCAAUCUUUACAAUACUUUGAUGUAGAAAAAAUUGUUAAUUUAAUAAUUUUAAAGAUCUUAAGUCCUUACAACUUUAUCUAAAAUCAAUCUAAAUAUUAAGAAGAUUUAUCUAAUUAUAAGACAACUUUGAUAAUUUAUAUUNUAUAAAUAAACUUAAAAUGGGAAUUAAUAUAAAGAAUUUUUGAGAACUUAUUCAAUCAUAAAUAAAAAUUUUGA